GCUGUAGGCAACAUUAAAACACCGGGAUGCAGAUGGCAAUUGUUCUGAUGCUUCUAUGUGCGGGUAUUCAUGCUGCGCGGACUAACGCCCAAUGUGGAGGCGGUCUCACUCUGAUCGGACGCACCUGUUUUUUUGUCGACAAGAAAAUUAAAAAGUCUCGAGCUGCGGCAGAAGUCUUUUGCUGGAAAAAAGGAGCGCAGCUUGCCCACCCAAGAACUCGACAAGAAAACUCGGAGAUAGAGAAAUAUCUGAACACCUUCGAUUCUGGAUUUUGGUUCUUCGCAAACAUGUUUUGGUUUGGAUUAAAGCGAGUGUCAUCAGGCGAGUUCGAAUUCACACAAGGAAAGCCAGGCUACUCUCACUGGCAAAAGGGAGAACCAAGUGGCAGGGGAGAGAAAUGUUGCGAGUAUGUAUGCAAAGAUCACCACUGUCAGUGGAACGAUGCGAUGUGUAGCAUGGAGAAGAUGUUUGUCUGCCAGCUGAGAGUGUGUCCGCAGGCAUGUCUGCACAAAUCUGACACAAAUUCGACACCAACCACGACAACGACGACUAAGCUGCCCUUCUCAGAUACAGUCUCCCGGGUAACAAAAGAUGAAACACAAUGGUUCUUAACACCUACCCCACCUUCAGGCUACAGCUGGUCAACACUGACGCCAGAGGCAACCACUGUCAUCACAGGUCAACAAGCGGACCAGACAGAGGCUGAGGUCAAGGUCAAUAACAGGGUGAAGGCCACUGAAGUGCAGAAACAGUACAAUGGUAGCAAUUCAGGAUGUGGCAGCGUCUUCCUGGGUCUGCUUCUCGUCCCACUGUUGAUCUGCGUGAUGCAGAUUCUGUGAAAUAUAAAGAAGUCACUGUCGUGGACGUCGUUUCAUCCUUUGUGCCGUUGCUCAUGAUAUUAACCAUUUGUUUGUCUGGCCCAGACUGUAGUCUACAACAAAAGUUGAUAUAGCUGUACCACUGCUAAGUUCGAUGAAAUGC